AUGGUCGCUCUGGACAUGUACUCGAAGCAGAUGCAGAAGGGUGUCUACAGCAUGGGUGCCAUCGUGGGCGAUUGUCUCUAUCUGCUGACUGAGCCCGCCACGUCACCAGACAUCAUGCUGCGCAUGCGCCUGCGAAGGGAGAAUGGCACAAGCAACCCCGUCAAGGAGGUGUUCACAACGUGCAGGCCCAAGGACUGCAUGUACAGCUCACUCGUGACGGAUGGGGAGAAGCUGUACAUAUUCGGGGGUUGCACCUUGAAGAACGGCGCCACCUCAGCGCACAAUCUGCUCUACACCCUCAAACCUGGGCCAACCUCCUCUCGGGAAAAGCCCCUGCGGUGGACGGAUGGGCAGCUGCAUGUUUUCGGCGGCAUCGAACCGUGGUCGCCAGGCGACAGUACAAGGGACUUCCGUACACUGGCUGGCGGGGCAGAGUACCCGCUCAGGACGCUGGGCGAUCUGUGGCGGUAUGACUUGAAGGCUUGCUGCUGGAAAGAGCUCGAGCCCACAGGGACGCUGCCAGCUGCCAGGGCUCACAUGGGCGUCGCAGUCGAGGGAAAUUUCACAUUCAUUUCCGGCGGCGUGACCGGGUUUGAGCUAGCGAGGACCAAAUCAAACCUGGCGGAUGUGUGGUUAUAUAAUGCACCUGAGUGCUCCUGGGUACAGAUGGCGCCCUCUGGCAAUCAGAGCACUUGGAUGUCCGCCCGCCACAGCCAUGCAACUGCAGGAGUUGGCAGCGGCAUUCUGUGCCUUGUGGGCGGAUGCACCAGCGUCUCUGACCGAUUCAGCCCCGCGAGAGGACUGUGCUUCAAGCUCAAAACCUUCCACGCACAGACGGCUGUUGUGCCCAGAGGCAGGCGGAAAGACGGGGCGAUGGAGGGCGCCUGUCAAGUGCUGGUGCUGUAUCGGGAGCAGAGCGGGCUUCCUCCUCCUGUUCGUGAGCUGCUGGCCGCGACCAAGACCGGCGGCUGCAUACUCUACUCGCAGGACCCCAACAUGCUGUCGGCAUCCGUGCUCACCCUGGCUACUGUGGCGGACAUGCCCCCGUAUUUCCGGGGGUUUUUGUUCCCCUACGGUCUGCGCUACGGGUCCGGGCGGGGCAAAACCUCCUUGCAAAUAGGAGGCUCUGCAAAUGACCCCUUUCAUCCCACUCCGAGGCAUCUAGCCGCACCCUGCGAGAUCCAGGUUCACUUGGUGGCUCCGCCUGUGCCGCAACAGCCCUCCCACGAAGGAGCCACAAGCAUCAGCAGCACUGUCAAGCUCUUUGGCACAGUGAAGGCCGCUGUAGCGUACUGGAGGUCUGUGCUUCCAGUCAAGUCAAGCUCCGGGCCAGGCUGGACAAUAGUGGAUGAAUACUCCUGGCAUCGUUUUGCCUCUGAAGUGGAGAUCAUACGGGAGAAUGAUGGCUCCAGACCUGAGCGGCCCAAGCGCGCCGAAAGAUUCACCGAGUUUGCUUACUUUGUGCGCCGCAACCCAGACAAAGGCUUUGGGGCAGUCCUGGCGGGAAACUUUGCUGCUGCCAAGCAACAUCUGGAAAUGCCACUCCUGCCUGUGAGACAAUCAAAGGAGCAGGUGGCCGAAUACAGGUGGAAUGCCACUGCUGUCAGCGCGACGCUUCAGGCCUUCCUCAGCACGCAGGACAGCGUGGCUCUGCCAAAGCUGCUGAAGCAGUACAAGGCCAGCCCCAAAUACCAGUACCAGGCAUCAAUGCUCACCAUGGCCCCUCCGGAGAUUGGCUUGGAGGGUACGUACGAGGACAUGUUCAGCUGUGGGCACUUCAUGGACAUGCAGAUCCUUGUCAUGCGGCUGAUGAACAAGGACCUCUUCACCUAUUGCAUUUUUGUCCAAAGGGGUGACAUCAUCAUAUUUGUAGACUCAUUCUCCAAGGUCCCGGUGCGGCUCGUCAAAGGCGCAGCGCUGAACAGGAAGCUGUAUCUCAUGUCUCCUGGCGGCGUCAUGUUGAUUACUCGUCUGGAGGAUGACCCCGUAAUCCCCUUGAACAAGGCUGCUGUGGUGAUCAACACCGUCAACACAACGAGGCCAGACUUCUCCCGCACAGGGGCCAGCCUGGUGGCGCAUGGGAAGCACCUGUACCUUUUCGGCGGCUGUCCCUGCCCUCCUCCCCGCUAUGCGCAUGUCAGCUGGCAGCGAGACAACAAGCUGUACAUCUUUGGUGGCAUCAACGUGACACGAGACAACCAGUUCAAGCCCCUGAACGACUUGUGGGUGUUUGACUUGAAGACCCUUAAGUGGAGGGAGCUGGACCCUGUGGGGGUUCCAAGCCCCAGGGGACAUAUGGGUGUUGCAUGCUCGGGGAAGAGGACAGUCAUUGUGGGCGGCCAGCAAGGGCGAGAGAAGCCCAUGGAUGUGGCAGACAUCUAUGAGUUUGACGAAGACCAGUGCUGCUUUGUGCUGCCCGCCCCCGAGCAGGCCACCUGGAUCUCUGCCAGGAUGAGCCCAUGCUGCGCGCUGGUGACUGAGAAGCAUCUGGUAGUCAUCGACGGGUUUGAGGACAAGCGUCCGUUGACAGCCACCCACAUUUUUGACAUCCGUCGCGGCCGAGACGUUCCCCUGUCCCUUCGCGUAGCCUGCUGCAGAGAAACCAAGAGGGACGCUGCUCUGGAGAAGAUCAGCGCCGCCAGAGUGCACUUGGGAACCAACGGGACUGCGCAGCAGAGCGAGACACUCCAGAUAUUUCUCACAGCGCCACCGGGGGCAGUCAGUUUCUACACUCAGCACAUUCCAUCACUGUCGAGGGGCCUGCCACAAGCCGGCUCAUCAUACCUGUGGCCUGGCAAGAAGCGCUUGCCCCUCGGGCUGCAGUGGAGCCACAGCAGACGCCCCUUGCUCUCGGACUCUGGCAAUCCUGACCCCAUUGGCAUCCAGAAGGUUUCAGAUGGCAACGGAAGCUUCCUGACGCCCUUCCAUGUGGCUCCCAUGCAUCUGGGGUUGCCUAAUGAGGGGACCGUCCACCUGGCAGCCCCGGCGCCAGGUCAUAGGCCGGCUCAAGACUACCUGAGCCACCUCAGCUACACCCUCAAGGCCUUCAGCACUGUCAAGGGAGCUGUGCAAUACUUUGGUGCAUGCCAGCCAGUGAGCUCUGAGCCGUCUUGGAGGGAGAUCACAGAGGUCUUGAGGAGUUGCACUUCUGAGUCGGAGCGCUCCCUGUUUUGGGGUAUGGAGGCCACACACAAACUCGCCGCAUGCUGCUGUUUUAACAGGUCAGAUCCCACCAAGGAGGUGCAGGUGUACAUCACAGCGGUGAUCAACCACAAUUACUACGCGUUGCAAGCCCCUUACGCACCGGGCAACAGCGAUGUGCCAAAGGAGUCCAAGCUAAAUCUCGAGGUCGAAGCCAUCACAUGUACAGCCACUCUCUUUGCCAUGCUGAUCUGCCAAAGUGAGCUCAUCCCGCUGCUGCUCACAUGCGCCUGCUGCGGAGAGACAGAAGAAAGGAAAUCGCAGCAUGCAGCAGGGGACUUGAAGGCUUGGCUCAAAGCAAAGCUCGUCAUCAGGAAGAUCUUGUCUGUUCCUGAGCACUUGCGAGGCCUGGGAGAGGAGUUCGCGAUGGAUGUUCUCUUGAAACUGCAGAAGGCAUGCAUCAGGCAGGGUUUGGGUGCUGAGCUGGCGGGCAACUUUGCUGCAGUCCAGCUGUAUGCUGAGCCGCGGCUCAGUCCCCGGACACCGCGCAGAGACAUGGAUCAGGCGGAGAAUUUCAGGCUGAGAGCCAAGAAGGCUAGACCGACGCUUGAGGCUUUCAGGAGCAGUCGCGACAUUGUUGCAUUUGCCGCAGCAGCUCUUGCAGUUCAAGCCCAGCACGAAGUACCAGUACCAGGCAUCAAUGCAGAUCAUGGAGCCGCCAACAACUCCUUGUGA